AUGGCAAUCACUUCAAACCUGUUUAUAAACCAGAAGGGUUCCACUACAGCAUUAAAGCAACCUAGAGAAAUCGGCUAUUACUCUAGAAAUCAAAAUGAAGAAUAUUUAAUUCAACAACAAACCCAGUUAAAAUAUUAUUAUCUACCCAAUUCAGACCUUGAAAGAAACUUGGAUCUUUCUAGUGGUUUAAAGAAAUUUAAGAAUUGUGAGAGCACAUUUCAGGAUCCUAAUACAAUUCAUGGAUUGUUGAAGUCUAUCCAACAUACGGAACAGCAUAAGGGGAAAAAAGUUAAAGGUGAUAUCAUCGCUAACACGACAACAAUUACGAAAUUGAUUCUUAGUGCAUUUGAUAAUACAAAUAUUAAUCCCAUUGAUAUGAUAGUGGUGUCAUUCGAUGGACAAUUAUUUAUUAAAGAACGUCAACAGACAGUAUCUUCGACUGUUGACGCGAAUAAGUACACAAAUUAUAAAUUUAAAGCACUUUCGACCAUUUCCCAACCGUUACCGUUGGAAUCUAGAGAAGUCUUAGAAAAAAGACAUAGAAAAUUAUGUAAUAAUGGUGACAAAUAUGUUAGUGUUACAAAGACGGGUGUUGGUAAAGUAAAAUUGAUUCUUUCGACAGAUAUUGACUGUAUUUUUGAUUUCAAAGAAGAAAGCAAAGAUAACUUAAAACAUUAUACUCAACUGGUUUGCAAUCCUACUGUUAAUACCAUUUCCGAAUCUCAUAAAUUUGAAAAUGGUAUGUUCCGGAUUUGGUUAAAAUGUUUCCUUGCCGGUAUUCCAAGAAUAAUAUGUGGGUUUAAAGAUGAUAGUUAUGUAUUGAAAACUGUUGAAGAGUUUGCAACAAAUGAGAUCCCAGUUUUAUUGAAAGAAAAUAAUCCCGAAGUCGGUUCUAAAUGUUUAGAUGCUAUUAAAUGGUAUGGUCUGUUUACUGAAUGGUUACUUAAAAUAAUACCCCACAGCGAUACCAAGGAAAUCAAACCAUUCAAGUUAAUUUUGGCAGAUAAUCAUUUAAAACUACAUGAAAUUGAAACUAAUGAUUCAGAAUUCGAAAACUAUGUUCAAGGAGAAGGUAUUUUAUCAUCCGAAUUUAAAGAAUGGAGAAAUUCAUUAUAG